UGUAAUAUUUUCUGCACCAUAAAUAAAUCUACAAGCCGUAGAAAUAAACAUAAAUUGUCAAUUUAUAUUUAUAUUAGGUUAUUGUAAAUGGUAAGCUAUUUAAACAUAAAAUUUGUAAUGAUUGGCUAUCGGAUAGGAAAUUUCUAGAGAAUUUCUUUCAGUAGCAGACAUGUUGAACACAUUUGAUUCGCGGCUAGAUUUGUCCCUUGUAGCUGAACUUUCUGCACUAAAUAUGAGAUGGAUAGAUGUGUUAUAGAAGUUGAAGGAAAGAGAAGGGACAGGAAAAAGUGCAAGUUCAAUUACAAAGAACAAACGCGCGGGACUUCGGAAUCUCUCCCCCUAUCUUUCUCGUUGUUUACAUUUCGAAAAAUGAUACAAUAGGAUAAACACGAUAAAGAUCCAUUCAAACAGUAAAGUUCGAAGUAUACGGUGCUAUACAGAGAGUAUCUGAGGCAAUUUGAUAAUUUUCACAAAGUAUCACGAUAAUAGAAAAUUAAAAAUAUGAAACAGUUACAUUGCAUCAAUAUGCGUAUUUCCAUCGUCUUAUUAUUAUUCUUUUAUGCGGAAAUUGUAGAGGUGAUAGGUCAAGAUGUAAUAAAGAUACAAACGGCAAACUCUGGAAUAUUGAACACUAAAUCUGUUAUGAAAAUAUAUAAUAAUGGUUGUGAAUGUAUUAAAUAUCAUUGUGGAUGCUGCCAAUUUAUAGAAUGGGAUGCAGUUUAUUUAAAUGGAACAUUAUGUGCAAAUGCAAGUUAUUUAGAUCGUGACUAUGGGAUUUCAAUUACAAUAACAUACAACCACAUUACUAUUAUUAAUGAGACAGUUACAGCCAGGGACCCACCACCUAUCUGUAUAGGAGAGAAUAUUGUGGGUUCAGUCAAAAUUGAUAUUUGCUUACAAAUCUAUGACAUAGAUGUAGAUUAUAAUGGAUUUCAUGCAUGUUUUGAUAUUUUAGGAAAAAUUAUGAAACUUAAAGUCUAUAAAUUAGAGUUAGGUUGCAUUGGCAGUAUGCAACAUAAAGAAAAACAGUAUAUAAAUAAUAUAAAUAAUAUCACUUUUAAUUUGUUACACUUAUUUCUUCAAAAGAAACAUUCCAUAUCACCACCUAAUGUGAUUAUGGUAUAGAUAUAUAUAUUAAAU